GGCGAUCACGGUUCCAGUUGUCGAUUAGGGCGUUGUGAGAGUGGGCACCGCCGAGGAGCAGUCCCGGGUCGAGAUGAUGUGCGAGGUGUUUACUUGCUAUUGGGGAGGUUAGAAAACUGAGUGAAGACACUACCAGGGGAAAACUGAGACGGGGGUGAAAACUCACGAGCGGGCGCGCAUCUUUCUUCUCUUACGCUUGAGGCGACGAACGCGCUUCUUUCUCCACUUGGCUCUCAUCUUGAACGACUGGGAGUUGAGGUUAGCUGGACUCGUUCAUGUAUGACGUCGCGAAGCAAAGGGAACUGAGACGCCAGUCAUCAAGGCAACGGGAGUUCGUAGCGGAGCAAUUGAGCUCGCGCAAAGCUCAACCGUCCACCAUGAUCCCCAGGUUGCCUUUAGGUGUUGGUGAUGAUGCUUGUGAAAUUGCUAAUACUGUGAUCAUAUUCCCCCGCAGUGACCUCAUGGCAAGCUCACGAUGGAAAGUACUUUGUAUCAUCACAACAACUGCUGUUCUGCUGUCCCGACACUGGAAGGAGGCAUCGAAGGUGCUUUCCCUGUCCAUGAAGGCUUUCUAA